AUGAUAAAAUCAACUAAUAUAAAUGAACUCCGUGACUUAUUGAUUUAUUUACUUGUUCAUUCAUCACCAAUUUUUCCCGAGAUAUAUAAUAACAAUGCUAUUUUGAUUAUGAAGAAUAAUUUAUUAAUUCAAAAACAUCAGUUACGGGCAUUAUUAUAUUUCAUUCCAAUAGAACAAAGAGAAAUAUUAUAUUCAUUAUUUGAAUUUCUUCAUUUAAGUCGUAUACCAAUAGAAAAAAUUGUUCCAGUCUUUACUAAGAUAAUUUUUAAAACAUCUACUAAGUUUCAGACUAAAUUCUCAAUGAUUCUUUCAGUAUAUAUUGAACAUUAUAAUUUUAUGUCAUUUCAACUAAGUCAAAAUGUACCUAAUAGUGUUAUUGCUUAUGAAUUAAAAGCAAGAACAAUUAGUUCUUUUCCACCUGAGUAUAAAUCAGGAUUUUUAGAAGUUCCUGCAAAUGCUGUGAUUGAAAUAAUUGCUAUCAAUACACCAGAAUGGAUUAUUGGUAGGUAUAGAGAAGGUUUAAAUCAAAGUAAUGAAGAAACAGAGAUUUGUGGUUUUAUUGCUAUUUCAUUUCUUAAACUUAUUCCUGAAAAAUUUACUCUCCCAGAUAGAGCAAAAAUAGAUCUUAUUGAAGAAGUUACUCCAAAGAUUAUGGUUACAAGAAGAAGUGAUGCAACUAAAUCAAGACAUUCUACAUCUCUUGUUAUGUCACAAACAAUUUAUUGUGAAAUUUGUUAUAAAGUACCUAUUGAAAAUCCAUCUAAAUGUGAAUUUUGUGCAAAACAUAUUCAACCACGGUGUUGUUAUGAAUGUCUUAUUUCAUUAGAGUGUUUAAAAAAUGCUAAAUGUCCUUUGUGUGGACAUGAAUUAAAUAAAAAAUCAAAAAUAAUACCAACCAACCCUAUUCCAGAAAGAGUUAUUACUCCUUCAAACUCACCAAUUAUUGAAAAGAAAUGGAAAAACAAUUAUAAAAUAAGUGUACUUGGAAUAACUGGAGUAGGAAAAACUUCACUUAUUGUUCAUUAUGUUUUUGGAAAAUUUGUUGAACAAAAAGAUAAUACUAUUGCUGAUAUUUAUAGAAAAACUUCAAUAGUUAAUGAAGUUCCUUGUCUUAUUCAAAUUAGUGACUUUGAUGAUAAAAAAGCUGAUGGAUUUAUUUUAGUUUAUUCAAAACAAAUAGAGAAGUCUCUUGAAUAUGUUAUGGAUAUGGAAAAGAAAUUAACAUCAAAAUAUAAAAGAUUUGUCAUUGUUAGAAAUGAUUUUAAAGAAACACCAGAAGACAAUGACAUUUGUUUUCAUCAUGUGUUUAGUGUUAAUGCAACAACUUCAAUAGAUAACUUCGGUCGAGCAGUUGAAGAAUUGAUAUGUGAUAUUAGAGCCAUAGAGUCUAGACCAAAGAAGGUGAGUAAAUGCAAUAUUCAAUAA